UAUUUGCUGGCAAUUUUACCAUCAUCUGAUGAUGAUAUGUUUGUUGCCCAGAGGAGCGGACCAAAUCGGCCUCGUCACAGGCUGAGUGAGGAAGAUACCUAUCAAAGUCUUCUCUGGGGGGAGUGAGGUACACACUUGUCAAGCUAGGGGAAUACGGCCAGCACCAAAUUGCACAAAAGGUUUCACCCCUUGUGUCAAAAGUACAGAAAGGCCCUCCUUUAUCUUUCCCCCUUUCUCUCUCUACAAUUAGUGCAUCACUCUCAGCUCACUCCACCGGUCCAGACAGGAGCAAGACACACACCCACCCCAGCCCCGCCCCCAGGUCGGUCAGGUGGAUGCCUUGUUGUUGCUGAAGCCCAGCCAGGCCUCGGCACCUCCCCACAAUCCACUCUCCGCUUCAACAGUCCCGCGAGGAACUGCGUGCCAAAAUAUCGGCGGCUCCGUUCUUCCUCCUUCGGUGAUUCAAGCCCCAAUUCGCCCCAAAUCCGCCCCCCUUCUCGCGAAAUCCUGAAUCUUGCUCUCGCGAGAGGUAGCAGAAGGCGGCCAUGGUGUCCAGCUCCUACUCCAACCUGCUGGACCUGGCCACCGGCGCAGCGGACCAGGGGGCGGCGCCGGCCGCGCUCGGCGCGCUGCGGCGGCGCCUCCCGAGCGUGGUCACCACGCUGGGGCUCAUGGAGGACUCCCCGGCGUCGCCCUCCACGCCGUCCCCGGCGCCGCGCCCGCGCACCAUCGUCGUCGCCAACCACCUCCCGAUCCGGGCCCACCGCCCGGCGUCGCCGGAGGAGCCGUGGACCUUCUCCUGGGACGAGGACUCGCUGCUCCGCCACCUGCAGAAGAGCUCCUCCUCCCCCUCCAUGGAGUUCAUCUACAUCGGCUGCCUCCGCGAGGACGUGCCGGUCCCCGAGCAGGACGCCGUGGCGCAGGCGCUCCUCGACUCCUACAACCAGUGGCGGAGCUAGCGUACAGCCGUUGGGUUCAGUUGAACCCAACGAUCUUUUUGCUGCACGUACGUGUAUAUGGGCCACAAAAGCCUCUCGUCUCCCCUGUCCCCUGUUUGCAUCCUCAUCACGAGAUCUCUCCUGUGCCCCCUCAAAAAAAAAACGUGAUCUCACGCCCAUCAUCCAGCCGCCAGCAUCGCCGACGAGGAGAGGUCAGCAGCGGGAAUUGCAGUAUAAAUUUGAAGGUAAUAUCACAUCCACGUCUCUUCCCUCUUAUGCAUCUCCUGUUUAACCUAGUAGCCUAAUACAACAACAUCUUUGCCCUAGUUUUCUAAUUGAUUUUCCCCUAAACUUUGAUCGAUCUAGACUAUGGCGACAUUUCUCAAAGAGAAAUCGAUCAGAUGCAAAUAGUACCCUUUACCCCUUCACUGCAGGUAAUUACUGUGCUAUGGAAUGGGGAUGUAGCAAUUUUAAUUCAGACAAUAGGGAUUCAAGGCGGCGCCCGAUCCACCCCGCUGCGUAGUUAAAACAUAUUACCUUAGUUGUAUGCUUUUUUAGCGACUUGGUUUGAAUUUAAAUUAGUCCCUACUUUUACGGGCGUAUGCGGGACGCUGCCCUGCAUCCCUAGACGAGCACCCGCCUUACCUAUGAACACCUCACAUGUGGUCCCCAAAAAACCAUUAGCCUCAACCUAAUCCUACCCAUCUAACCCAAUUUUUUUCCAGCCGCUGCGGCGCCUAAAAUAGGCUUGAUCGGGCCCAAGGCCCAAAAAACUCUAACCUAGCAACCACAAAAAACCGGGUUCCUCGGGGAGGAAAAACCUCGAUGGGGAUGGGAAUUUUUUUUUUUGUCCCCACAAGCCGAGAUGUCUGUGAAGAAGGUGUCAUUGGGACAGUUUUCGGCAAGCAAUGACCACCUAGGUAAUCUCAUUGCUAGCACAAAAUGAGUGAACCCAAUGACUAAAUUUUCUAGCUCCGCCCCUGCCUACAACUGCGUGCCGGCCUUCCUCCCCGCCGACACCGCCGCGCGCUACUACCACGGCUUCUGCAAGCAGCACCUCUGGCCGCUCUUCCACUACAUGCUGCCGCUGUCCCCGGACCUCGGCGGCCGCUUCGACCGCCUGCUCUGGCAGGCCUACGUCUCCGCCAACAAGGUGUUCGCCGACAAGGUGCUGGAGGUGAUCAACCCGGACGACGACUUCGUGUGGGUGCACGACUACCACCUCAUGGUGCUCCCCACCUUCCUCCGCAAGCGCUUCAACCGCAUCAAGCUCGGCUUCUUCCUCCACUCGCCCUUCCCCUCCUCCGAGAUCUACAAGACGCUGCCCGUGCGGGAGGAGCUCCUCCGCGCGCUCCUCAACUCCGACCUCAUCGGCUUCCACACCUUCGACUACGCCCGCCACUUCCUCUCCUGCUGCGGCCGGAUGCUGGGCCUCCCCUACGAGUCCAAGCGCGGCCACAUUUGCCUCGAGUACUACGGCCGCACCGUCAGCAUCAAGAUCCUGCCCGUCGGGGUCUACAUGGAGCAGCUCAACGCGGUGCUCGCCUUGCCGGAGACGGAGGCCAAGGUCGCGGAGCUCAUGGAGACCUACACCGGCAACGGCAGGGUCGUCAUGCUCGGCGUCGACGACAUGGACAUAUUCAAGGGGAUCAGCCUGAAGCUGCUCGCCAUGGAGGAGCUGCUGGGGCAGCACCCCGAGUGGCGGGGCAAGCUGGUGCUGGUGCAGGUCGCGAACCCGGCGAGGGGCCGGGGCAAGGACGUCGCCGGCGUGCAGGAGGAGACCUAUGCCAUGGUGAAGAGGAUCAACGAGGCGUACGGCGCGCCGGGGUACGAGCCGGUGGUGCUGAUUGACCAGCCGCUGCAGUUCUACGAGCGCGUCGCGUACUAUGUCAUUGCAGAGGUGUGCCUGGUGACCGCGGUCCGGGACGGCAUGAACCUGAUCCCCUAUGAGUACGUCGCCUCCCGGCAAGGCAACGACAAGCUGGACAGAAUACUGCGGCUGUGCAAGCCGGAGGAGAAGAAGAGCAUGCUGGUGGUGUCCGAGUUCAUCGGGUGCUCCCCGUCGCUCAGCGGCGCCAUAAGGGUGAACCCGUGGAACAUCGAGGCCGUGGCCGACGCCAUGGAGUGCGCCCUUGUGCUGCCUGAGAAGGAGAAGAAUCUGCGGCACGACAAGCACUACCGCUACGUGGAGAAGCACGACGUCGGCUACUGGGCCAACAGCUUCCUCCAGGACCUUGAGAGGACCUGCAAGGAUCACUCCAACCGGCGGUGCUGGGGAAUCGGUUUCGGCCUGCGGUUCAGGGUGGUCUCGCUUGACCUGAGCUUCAGAAAGCUUGCAAUGGAGCACAUUGUUCAGGCGUACAGGAGGUCGAAGACGCGCGCGAUUCUGCUGGACUACGACGGCACGCUGAUGCCGCAGGCGAUCAACAAGAGCCCCACUGCCAAAUCGGUCCAGAUACUCAACAGCUUGUGCCAGGACCAGAGGAAUGCGGUGUUCCUUUGCAGCGGGUUCAAACGCUGCACGCUCGACGAGUGGUUCCCUGCCGAGAACCUUGGCAUGGCAGCCGAGCACGGCUACUUCAUGAGGCUGAAGAGGGACGCGGAAUGGGAGACCUGCAUCCCACCCGCAGACUGCAGCUGGAUGCAGAUUGCACGGCCGGUCAUGGAGCUCUACACCGAGACGACGGACGGUUCGAUCAUCGAGGAGAGGGACACGGUGCUCGUCUGGAACUACGAGGACGCGGACCCCGACUUCGGGUCAUGCCAGGCCAAGGAGCUCGUCGACCACCUCGAGAGCGUGCUCACCAACGAGCCGGUGUCCGUGAAGAGCACCGUGCACUCCGUCGAAGCUAAGCCGCAGGGCGUGAGCAAGGGCCUGGUGGCGCGGCGCAUGCUGGCGGCGCUGCAGGAGAGGGGCAUGUGCCCGGACUUCGUCCUCUGCAUCGGGGACGACCGCUCCGACGAGGACAUGUUCCAGUUCAUCACCAGUGCUUCUUGCGCCGACUCGUUCGCGUCCACGGCGGAGGUCUUCGCCUGCACCGUCGGCCGCAAGCCCAGCAAGGCCAAGUACUACCUCGACGACACGGCGGAGGUCGUGAGACUGAUGCAGGGGCUGGCGUACGUCUCGGAGGAGCUCGCGCUGCAGAACCCCGCGCUGGGAGAGGAGGACCCCGAGGACCUGUGGUGCGUGGGCGAGCUGCAGUAGUAGGGAGUUGGAAUGAAGCGCAGGGGCAGCACAGCACAGGAGGAAGGCAUUGUCGUGUUGGCAACAGUCUGAGGAGGCUUCUGCAGCGUAGUUUAGGUGUACAUGAGCUAUGCUUUUCCUCGUAUUUGCUGCACUGCCGGUGGUUUGCUAUUAGUAGUAUGAGACUUGCUUUAGAGUGUUGUGACUUGUGAGCUCCGUUUGAAAACCUGGUAGUCUAGUUACCGCAACAGUAAUAAUGUCUCUCUGAAUGCCAUGGAAAAA